UACACUUAUCGCCUAGACCUCAAUGGUGCCGAUUUUGUCAACCCAUGUGUUGAGUGUCUGAUCUGGUAUGAGAAUGACCUCAGCGUCACCUACACCUAUUCCGAUGCAUCUGUGUGCCCUUGUUCGAGGAGACAAGCUAGAAGAGACGUAAACUUCAGAAGAUGUACUUUUCCAAGGGGCAACGAUCCUGAUUUCAGCAGUGCUAGUUAUAAUUCAGUGCAAUGCUUCCAGUCAACCACGGAUGGUGAUGAGGGUUUCCGCUGUACCUAUAUUAGUGGUGCUCUAGUCACAGACUACCAGAACCUAUGGGAAUCCAGCAAUUUCCAUGCACUCUUACUUCCCAGAUCUCGAAGAAGAUAUGACGAUCCAUAUGAUGAAUGGAAAAGUGAGGACGUUGUACCUAGACAAAUGUGCUGUGAAAGGGCUAUUCUGAGUGAGGGAUAUUGUGAUCUUUAUGAGGAGCGUCGCCCACAGGCAAGCUGUGACGGAUACAACCCUCCCAAUGGUGCUCAGGGAUCUGGUGACCCACACUUUGUAACAUUUGAUGGGAGGAUGUACAGCUUCAAUGGGUUUGGCGAGUACAUUAUGAUGCAAUACAACAAUAAUGACCCAUUUGUUCUCCAGACUCGUACCGGCGUAGCAUUUAGGAAUGGUGAACCUGUCAACACAGGGACCGUCUUUACGGGUUUCGCUGCGACACAAGGCAUUACAAACGUAUCAUUUACUUUAAAUGAUGAUAGAACAGAGCUGCUACUCUCGGUCAACCAGACGUCAGUCGAUAUAUCAACUCUUGAAGCAGAUGGCUACGAUUCCGCUGAUCCAACUUUCAACUUACACAGUGAUGAUGAGGCGGCAGAAAGUGAAACUGCUAUCAUUGUAACCUUCAAACUACCAGACAUACCUAGCUCCGGACUUCGUGUGGUUUUCAGAACCGGGAUAUUACUAGGAAAUAGUUUUGUUCCUCGAGAAUACGCUACUGGAGGGAUUGGAAAUGGUCUAUUCGGCCUCAUGAAUGGUGAUAAGAAUGAUGAUUUCCAAUACCGGGACGGAACCAUCAUCAUGGAUACGGCUGAGAGAAACCUGACAGAGAGAGAUAUCUUUGAUUUUGGACAAAGUUGGAUGAUCUCACCGAGUGAAUCCCUCUUCGAUUACGGCGAUUGGGAUUGGAGUUAUUAUAAUGAUCCUUCCUACAUCCCUCCCUUCCUCUCAGAGCUGAUUGCGGCAGAUCCGGAGUUGGCAGCACAAGCUUUAGCGUUUUGUGGGGAUAGUGAAGCAUGCCUCUUUGAUUCCCUAGCAGUUGAUCCAUCAGUUGGUUUAGAUACAUUGUCUUCUAAUAAUGCUUUUGAAAUACAGCUAUCGGAUUUAAAUAACUUCCCACCAAACAUCACAUCUGUCAUUGAGACCAGUUCGACAGAUGCACUGUCAGAGAGCGGUAUACUGCGUGUAAUUGUUGACCAAACAGUUACCUUACAAAUAACAGCUUCAGAUCCAAAUGACGAAGAUGUUGUCCAGUAUUCAUUGCAGGGUGCUCAGUCUGGCGCAACCAUAGACCAAAAUACUGGAUUGUUCACGUGGACUCCUCCAAGCUUAGAUGUUUCUAUGAUUGAGAUCGUAGCAACCGAUGAUUUUGGAGCGAGUACAUUACUAACUUACAAGGUCAGAGUCUGUCAGUGUUCCAAUGAUGGAGUAUGCAACUUUGACAUCUUAGCAGCAAAUCAGGAUCUCAACAACAAUGGCUUUACCGUUGUCACAUGUACAUGCGAGGUUGGCUGGUCAGGUGAUCACUGUGGUGUAGACUUCGACUCCUGUCAAGGUUCCCCUUGUUAUGAAGGUGUUUUCUGCUCUGACUUACCGCCACCUUCAGUUAUGCCGAUGUGUGGACCAUGCCCACCGUCUCUUACAGGAGAUGGAUUAACUUGCUUUGAUGUUGAUGAGUGUGCAAAUGACACACUUAAUGAAUGUGAUCAGAACUGUGAUAACAGACUUGAUGGAUAUGAUUGCACAUGUAAUGAUGGCUUUACACUUGAUAUGGAUCAAAGAAGGUGUAAUGAUAUCGACGAAUGCACAUUGGGUACACACGGUUGCCAAAACAACAGUCUUUGUAAUAAUACCAUCGGUUCCUACCAGUGCUAUUGCGAAGUCGGAUUUUCUCCAAUUACAGAUGAUAACAUCAAUUGUGAAGAUAUUGAUGAAUGCACGGUGGAUAGCCCAUGUGAUGCAGAUGCAACGUGUGGAAACAAUGAAGGCUCUUUCAUAUGCACGUGUAAUGAGGGCUACGUAGGAGAUGGAACUACUUGUACAGAUAUGAAUGAAUGUCUGGACGAAUCUCUAAAUGACUGCGCCUCACAGGCGACUUGUGAUAAUUCACCUGGUAGUUUCUCAUGUGCGUGUGAUGGAGGCUGGGUCGGCAACGGUACCUACUGUGAGGAUGCUAAUGAGUGCUCCACUAAUGACGAUGAUUGCAGUGAUAAUGCGACGUGUGAGAAUAAUCCUGGGAGCUACCUCUGCACCUGUAAUGCAGGAUAUGUUGGAAAUGGAAUUGAAUGCUUUGACAUCGACGAGUGUGCCUCUGAAGAUGAUAACUGUACUAUGUCAGCUCUGUGUGUCAACACAAACGGAUCGUUUGAGUGUCAGUGUGCCGACGGCUACAGAAAAAGUCUACAGGGAGAAUGUGAAGAUGCUAAUGAAUGUGACGAUGACCCUUGUGAUAUGGACGCACAGUGUGAGAAUACUAAUGGAUCAUUCGUCUGCUCAUGUAACGAAGGAUUUCAAGGAAAUGGAUUCGCAUGUGAAGAUAUCGAUGAAUGUACAUUGGGAACUCACGAUUGUCAGCAGAGCUGCAUUAAUGACAGUCCUGGGUUCAACUGCAGUUGUUUUUCAGGCUUUAUUCUUACGAAUGAUAACAAGACAUGCAUGGUUACUGAAAGUUGUGACCUCGAAUGUGGCUCUGGUGUCUGCAUUAAUUCUACGGACGGGGAAAUCUGUGUAUGCGAUCAGACUGGAUAUGAAUUCAAUUCAACUAUAAACAACUGCACAGACGUCAAUGAAUGCCUUGGGGAGAAUCGUUGCGAAAUGGACUGCGAUAACAUCCCAGGAGGAUACGACUGUUCCUGUGUAACGGGCUUCUUGCUCGAUGUAAACGGAAGAAGUUGUUCAGAUCGGGAUGAAUGUCUUGAUGGUACUCAAGAUUGUGAUACCAAUGCUGCAUGUUCCAAUACAGAAGGGUCCUUCUCCUGUUCAUGCAAUGAUGGCUACACGGGAAAUGGAGCAAUGUGUACAAAUACCGAUGAGUGCCUUUCUACGUCCCCAUGCCACGUCUUCGCGAAUUGCAUGGAUACAAAUGGCUCUUUCAAUUGUAUGUGUUUGCCAGGUUUCUCUGGUAAUGGCUUCAGCUGUGUAGAUAAUAAUGAGUGUGAUCAAUCUCCUUGUGAUGAGAAUGCUGCAUGCAACAACACAGAUGGGUCCUUCUCAUGUACCUGUCUUGAAGGUUAUACUGGGAAUGGUCUAAGUUGCUCAAAUAUCGACGAGUGUGAUGGAGACCCGUGUGGUGUGUAUGCUGACUGUUUAGACAAUGAAGGUGCAUUCACAUGUUCCUGUAUGCCUGGUUUCCAAGGUGAUCCCUACGCGGCAUGUACCGAUAUCAAUGAGUGUCAGAACCCAUCCUUGUUCACUUGCCAUCCACUAGCAUCUUGUGUGAACGCUCCAGCAAACUAUUCAUGUGAAUGCAACAAUGGUUACGAGGGAGAUGGAAUGUCCUGCUCAGAUCAAGAUGAAUGCAGUGAUGUCCUUCAAUUCUGUGGACCAAACAGUAACUGCACUAAUCUGGAGGGCUCUUAUGAAUGCAUGUGCUAUGAAGGUUACGUGAGAGAGAAUAUGAAUAGCAAUUGUACAGAUUUUAAUGAAUGUGACAACGUUCAAAACACCUGUCCUCCAGACAUCUCUUCAUGCGAGAACACAGGUGGUGACUUUGUGUGUACAUGUGCUUCUGGGUACGAGAAUGAUACACCCAAGACCUGCAUCGACACAAACGAGUGCGAAGAAGUUGAUCCUGUCUGUGCCGCCAAUCGAGAAUGCAUCAACAUUGUGGGAAACUACAGUUGUAUCUGCACUGAGGGCACCACUGAAAUUGAUGGAACCUGUCAAGAGUCCUUAACCUUGAACCUGAGGGUAAGAUUUGAAGCCAUCGUCGGUGGUUUCAUUGCAGUCAAUCCCUCUAUCAUCGAACCUGCUGAAAAUCGAGAGCAACUUGAACUUGAUAUGCUGCUGUUCCUCCGAGGCAUUUCAGAACUUGGGGACUCUGUAUUCAUGGCUUCAAUAUCAGAUGUGAAUGUGACCAGUCCCUAUGCUGUCAUAUACUUCAGGACAGAUGUUGAAACAACACUAAAUAUCAACGACACAGUAUUGGAAUCGUUGUUCAACAAAGCUCUACCAAGUAACCAGCGCUUUGGAGUUUUAGGAGCCGAAAAUAUAGUCAACCAAGAGGAUGUUGACGAAUGUGCCGAUGAUGCAGACCUGUGUAGCAACGGAACAUGCACUAACACCAUUGGGUCUUUCUUCUGUACUUGCAAUGACGGAUAUACUGAAAACGGAGCAAGAACUGCUUGUAUUGAAAUUGAUGAAUGCGAAGAUGAUUCCACCCUCUGUGCUAAUGGAACGUGCGUUAACACCGCCGGUUCUUAUACUUGCAACUGUGACGUAGGGUUCCAACUAGAUGGCACUGGUAUCAAUUGUAAUGACAUUAAUGAGUGCGAUGCUGGGAAUCUCUGUGCUAAUGGAAUAUGCCAAAAUAACGAGGGAUCAUACAUGUGCUCAUGCAUUCCUGGAUUUGUAGUAGAUUCAACAGGGACUCAAUGUCAGGACCUUGAUGAGUGUGAAGUCGAUCCCUCCCUGUGCGUCAAUGGAACAUGCAACAAUAUCAUGGGGACGUUUAGUUGUGAGUGUGACGAUGGAUAUGAGAGGAAUAUCAACGGAAAGGCUUGUAAUGAUAUCGAUGAAUGUGCAAACAUUCCAAACCCAUGUGGGAAUGGAACCUGUAACAAUACUGAUGGGACUUAUGAGUGUACCUGUGACAGUGGGUUUGAGGCCAACGAUAGUGGUACUGCCUGUGAUGACUUCGAUGAGUGUGCUGCGGUUACUAAUCCCUGUGGUAAUGGAGACUGCACUAAUACCCAUGGGACCUACAUGUGCACCUGUCACACCGGCUUUACAAUAAGUGAGGAUGGCAGUACAUGUGACGCUGAGUGUGGUGGAGCUGUUUGUCAGAAUGCCGGAGCAUGUGUCUCUGGUCAAUGUGAAUGUGUUACUGGUUUUACUGGUGCUAUGUGCGAGACUGAUAUCGAUGAUUGUGCUCUCGAUCCUUGUGAGAAUGGAGGAUCUUGUACUGAUGAAGUGAACGACUAUACGUGUGCCUGCGUUCCUGGCUAUACUGGGUUGAUGUGCGAGACAGAUAUCGAUGAUUGUACUCCCAAUCCUUGUGAGAAUGGAGGAUCUUGUACUGAUGAAGUGAACGACUAUACUUGUGCCUGUGUUGCUGGCUAUACUGGCAGUAGUUGUGAAACAGAUAUCGACAAUUGUACUCCCAAUCUUUGUGAGAAUGGAGGAUCUUGUACUGAUGAAGUGAACGACUAUACUUGUGCCUGCGUUCCCGGCUAUACUGGGUUGAUGUGCGAGACAGAUAUCGACGGUUGUACUCUUGAUCCUUGUAUGAAUGGAGGAUCUUGUACUGAUGAAGUGAACAGCUAUACUUGUGCCUGCCUUGCUGGAUAUACUGGGAGUAUGUGUGAAACAGAUAUCGACGAUUGUACUCCCAAUCUUUGUGAGAAUGGAGGAUCUUGUACUGAUGAAGUGAACGCCUAUACUUGUGCCUGUGUCGCUGGCUUCAGUGGUAGUAUGUGUGAAACAGACAUUGACGACUGUUCUCCAAAUCCUUGCCUGAAUGGUGGAAGUUGUACUGAUGGAGUUAACACUUUUACCUGUGUCUGUGCUGAUGGCUUUAGUGGAGAUGCUUGCACAACAACUGUUUGUGGCUCCACUGUUUGCGAGAAUAACGGGGAAUGCAUAAGCGAUGGACAAUGUCGUUGUGUUACUGGUUUUACUGGCACUAUGUGCGAGACUAAUAUUGAUGAUUGUUCUACAAAUCCCUGUAUGAAUAGUGGAGUUUGCGUUGAUGAAGUGAACUCCUUCACUUGUAACUGUGCUGCUGGCUAUACAGGAGAUACAUGCCUAACAGAUAUCGAUGAUUGUACUCCUAAUCUAUGUAUGAAUGGAGGAGCCUGUACUGAUGGAGUGAACAGCUAUACUUGUGCCUGCUUGCUGGGCUUCACUGGGAGUAUGUGCGAAACAGACAUCGACGAUUGUUCUCCUAAUCCUUGUAUGAAUGGUGGAAGUUGUACUGAUGGAGAGAACACUUUUACCUGUGUCUGUGCUGAUGGCUUCAACGGAGAUACCUGCGCAACAACUGUUUGUGGCUCCGCUGUUUGCGAGAAUAACGGAGAAUGCAUAAGCGAUGGACAAUGUCGUUGUGUUACUGGUUUUACUGGCACUAUGUGCGAGACAAAUAUUGAUGAUUGUUCUACUACUCCCUGUAUGAAUGGUGGAGUUUGUGUUGAUGAAGUGAACUCCUUCACGUGUAACUGUGCUGCUGGCUAUACAGGAGAUACAUGCCAAACAGAUAUCGAUGAUUGUACUCCUAAUCUUUGUAUGAAUGGAGGAGCUUGCACUGAUGGAGUGGACAGCUAUACCUGUGCCUGUGUUGCUGGCUUUACUGGCAAUAUGUGUGAAACAGACAUCGACGAUUGUUCGCCUAAUCCUUGUAUGAACAGUGGAAGUUGUACUGAUGGAGUUAACACCUUUACCUGUACUUGUGCUUCUGGCUUCAGCGGAGAUACUUGUACAGCAGCUGAUUGUGGCUCCGUUGUUUGCCAGAAUAGCGGAACUUGCGUAAGCUCUGGACUAUGUGAUUGUGUUACUGGUUUUACCGGUACUAUGUGCGAGAUUAAUAUCAACGAUUGUUCUCCAAAUCCUUGUACAAAUGGAGGAAGUUGUACCGAUGGAGUUGACUCUUUCACUUGCGCCUGUGUUGCUGGCUUUACUGGGGAUAUGUGUGAAACAGAUGUUAAUGAGUGUGAGCUUAGUUCGAGUCUCUGUAGUGAUGGAAGAUGUGUCAACGUGGAUGGAUCAUACACUUGUGUCUGCAAUGCUGGAUUCAUGUUAGAGAAUGAAAAUUCUUGCACUGCUCUCUCAAGCAGUCUGUCCACUAGUCAAGUGACCGUGCAGAUUACAGGACAAAGUCUGAAUGGUGAACCCCUGACGUAUACAUCAGAAUUAACAGAUAGGACAUCAGCCAAAUUCAUUGAAUAUGAAGUUGCAUUCUGUUACAUCUUUAGCCAAUAUGUAAGGGAACAGUUAGGUUCUCAACUUGUUGAUGCUAAUUGCAUAGUGCGGUCAUUCAGCCAAGGUAGCGUAGUCGGUGACGUGCAAGUGCAACUUGCUGCUGAGAGCCAAAGUGUAGCAGAUGGGCUUGCUGUGACUUUAUCUGCCUUAUCUACCAACAUUGAUCAAAACUUAUCAGCUAAUGGUCAAACUCUGGUAGCGUCUAUAUCAGCAGAAGUUCAGUGCGAUCAAACGAACUGCCAGAACGGUGGGACAUGUACUUCUUCUGGACAGCCUUGCAACUGCCCAGCUGGUUUUACAGGAGACCUUUGCCAGAAUGCUUCUCAAGGAUUGUCGAAUGGAGCAAUCAUUGGUAUUGCUCUCGGAGUUUUUGGUUUUGUUCUCGUCCUCAUAACCUGUGUCUGCUGCGUUUUCGUACAAGGUGUCAGACGAAAUCAAGCAACAAAACUGAUGCUCGCUGAACAACGGUAUGACAAUCCAAGUAGACAAAAUAGAGGCUUCUAUGGAAACGAAUCUUUCAAUGGUUCUGAUGAGUACAACUCCCUUGAAGGACGCCGGUAUGCUGUUGGUCAAGCAUUGGAUCGACUGCGCGGAACUGAUGCACAGCAUCAUGAAGAUCGCAAUUUCAGGACUCCCUAUGUGGUAGAUGGGAGUGAAACGUACAACGGUGUGGAGCGAAAUCCCAUGCAUUAUUGAUCACCAAGAAACUUACCUUCGGACAAAGAACGAAUAUGACAACGGAAAAGAAUUUAGUGAAUUAGUUACGUCUUAUGGAUAGAUGGGUUCUCUUCUGGAUAGGCUAAAUAUCAAAGUGUAUACAAUCAUAUUAUUAGAUUAAGUAAGGGCUUACUUGCAUUUGACAGAUUGACUGAUUUAAUUGAUGUAAUCAUUCCAAGUCUCUGUUACAAACAACCAUACUAUUUUAUCAAUUAACGGCUUACUUGCAUUUGACCGAUUGGCUGAUUGAAUUGAUGUAAUCAUGUUAAACUCACAUCAUUUUAAAAAGACUGCUUUUCAGCAAGUCUGUGUUACAAACAUAAAACUAAUGUUAUACAGAUCGAAUUGGAUAUAAGUACAUGAAUGAUUUCAAUGUAAUUUACUGUAUCUGUGAAUAUAUAAGGGCUUCAUUGUUAAUCUAGAAAUGGUUUGAUAUCAUAUCUUUAUUGAUCAAGUAAUUUAUAUUCAUGUUUCAAAAAAAUUAAAAAUGUGGUAAAACAUGAUUUUACCCAAACUGUUAUCUAAAGAGCCGAUUCCUAUCACAUGCUUUUAACAUGUACCAAUUUUAAGUCUUUAAAUAGUACGAAUUUUCUAUAGUUUUAUUUUAAUAGCUUGUGGUAGCGGGAGUAUAACACCUCUCUUUCUCUCUCUAUAUAUAUAUAUAUAUUAGAUGAAUACACUAUACAGCAUUCUGAUUUUGUAUGAAUAGAUUUAAAUGCAUAUGAUGUAGGAAGCAGGGCUAUCAAGUAAACAGAAUAGUAUGAUCAUAUGGGAUCAAUCCAUGGCGCUAAAACAGUACGAACAGUAAUUUUGAAUCUUUCUUUUAUGAAUAUAACUAACAUUAUUUACCUCUUGCACUUUUAUCUGUGACAUUUUUGCCAGGCAACAAAGUAACCCCCUUGAUAGGCUAAAUAUCAAAGUGUAUACAGUCAUACUAUUAUAUUAAUUAAGGGCUUACGGUAUUUGCAUUUAACCGAUUGACUGAAUAAAUUGAUGUAAUCAUGCUAAGUCUCGGUUACAAACGAUCAUACUAUUAUACUAAUUAAGGUUUACUCAAAUCAGUCUAAAAAUACUGCUUGUCAGCAAGUCUUUGUUAAAAACAUAAAACUAAUGAUAUAGAAAUAUUUGAAGAUAAAUAUAAAAAUGAAUUGAAUACGAUUUUCUGUAUCUGUGAGUGUACAAGGGCUGCAUUGUUAAUCAGGAUGGGUUCGAUAUCAUAUAUGUAUUGAUCAAGUGAUUUAUAUUUAUCUCACAAAAUAUCAUGAAUGUGCUUUCUCCUUAACUGUUAUCUAAAUAGCUGAUUCCUAUCUCAUGCUCUUAAUGCGGAUCAAUUUUAAGACUUUAAAUAGUACAAAUUUUCUAUAUUUUUAUUUCAAAUGCUUAUGUUAGCGGGGAGUAUACCAUCCCCCUCUUUCUCUCUCUCUCUUUAUAUAUAUAUAUUAGAUGAAUACUCUUUUUAAUUGAUAUGGUUUUGUGUGAAUAGAUUUAAUUUCAAAUUAUGUAGAAAAGGGCUAUCAAGUACCCAGAAUAAUGUGAUUAUGUAGGGUAAAUACAUAGCACUAAAACAAUACAAACAGUAACUUUAAAUAUUUCCUUUAUGAAUAAAAAACAAUAUUUUUUACCUCGUGCACUUUUGUCACAUACCAAAGUUAACCCCCCCCCCCCCCCCCCACCACCACCACCAGGAAUAUUUUGUACCCCACUUGCUUCCCUUUCAAUUAAAGGAAUGUGUAACAAGGACUUGUUUGUUUAGUUAAUUAAUUAAAAGGUUAUGCAGAUUAAAUAAAGAUUAAGAGAAGUGUAACCAAAACUUUCACGUAGGUCCUUUCUCUUGUUUAGAAACAUGUCGCUUUAAUAAUGAUGUAGAAAUGAAUUGGGUUGAAAAAUAAUAAAAAUACAUGAAUGUAUGUAUGAUGUAUUGAAACAAAGCAGGCUUACAAUGGAUGUGUCAUGUAGCACAAUGCAAGUAAAUUUAUUAACGCACACGUACUUUCUUUUGUCUCAUUGCCAUUUUAAAAUAUGUUUCUAAAUAUGUAAUAUAUAUUUUGUUUAAUUUCUAUAUUCAUGUUCCUCCAAAGUCAUUCAUUAUACAGUACUAGGGUAUUACCCCUUAUAAGUCUUUCAUGUUUCAAGGAUGUAUGUUUUUUAUAUAUUUCUGUUCGUAUGAUAUAUUUUUGUAUUGAUAUAUAUUUUUCAUUAGAGAUCACUAGUAAUUGAAAUAAAUGUUCCAAUAGGGAAGACUGCUGAAUA